AAUAUCAGAGUUCCAUAAAUUAUUUGUUUAUUUAACAUUGACGAUGGUGGCGUCAUCGUGGGCAGUAUGUACUGCAAAACUGCGAUCAGGGCCACGAAACAAUAUAAGUAUGACUUCAAAAGAACUUUGUGAAUUUGACGAUUUGGCAUCAUCACUAGUAUUGGAUUCAUAUCUUGGAUUUACAACACAUAAAAUGAACAUAAGGUUCAGGCCUAUGAAAGGUCGAUCCAUAGAACUUCAUCAAAUAGUCGAACGUUUUAAAAAAACGGUGGACUAUGAAGAAGCUUUAUAUUUAUUACAAAGCAGGGAUUGGAUUAGAUUGCACUUCCUCAAUAAAACAAUACAACAGAAAAUGGCUUUCAAAGCUCAUCUGGUACGAUAUUUGGCAAUGUUUGAUCCUGACUGUGGCUAUGCAAUAGAACGAUGCACAAGGUAUUCCUUUGAGGGAGUUGGAGCUAAAAUUGUGGCAACACAAGAGUGGUCAAAAAAUGAUAAAAUUUUGAUGUUAAUCGGUUGUAUUGCGGAGUUGACAAGGGAGGAAGAGGCACAUCUAUUAACACCUGGUGAAAACGAUUUCAGUGUCAUGUAUUCGACAAGAAAAAAUUGUGCCCAACUUUGGCUGGGACCUGCAUCGUUUAUAAAUCAUGAUUGUCGACCAAACUGCUGCUUUGUUCCAACCGGCCGUGAUACUGCUUGUAUAAAAGCAUUAAGAGAUAUAGAAUGUGGUGAAGAAAUAACUUGUUAUUAUGGGGAUUCUUAUUUCGGUGAAAGAAAUUGCCUCUGUGAAUGUGAAACAUGCGAGAGGCGUAAAACUGGUGCGUUCAAAACAUCUAAGACCAGCAAUAGUCCUCAUAAGAUAUUUUCAAGCAAGUACGGACUCCGGGAAACAGACAAGCGAUUGAACAGGUUGCGACGAUCGAAAGAUAAAUCUCCCUCAGUUGAGAGUUCAGUGAAUAAGCGGGAUCCGUCACCACUCAGCGACUAUGAAUAUAUUCCAUCAAUAAGCGAGUGCGGGAGCUACGAUUCGGAUUCUAAUUCCACCAAUUCAGUAUCUUCAGAAGAUACGUUUAUGGGAAUGAAAUGGAAUAAACAAGCUUUUCGAACUAAAAAUAACAAGAAAUCUGGAUCUAGAAAACGAACGCAGGAUGAUAAAAUUGAGGAAUGUUUGAGCAAUGCAUUUAAAAAAGGAAAAAGGGAUGUUUACAAUGCGUCAAAAUUGAACAAUUUGCGAUUUGUGCAAAUGACAAAUGCAAAAACUCAAGCGGGGCAGGUCUCUAACCGAGAAAACCAUGUGGGUGACUUUGUUACUGGAAAUGCCCCCAAUAUGGAUGACGAUGUUCAAGCACCUGCCAUGGUGUCACCUCCGGUGCUUGCAGAGCCAACAACAGUAACAAGACGCCGAAGGCGAAAAUGUACUCCUGUUAAAUUAUGUGCAUACUCGGCACGUUCUUACGAACCCACAAGUGAAGUUAUGGUGCAAAAAUUCAGUCAGGCCCCCUCCGUUAUGCCAGUUGUUCUGCCACUUAAAAUCAGCAUACGACGUCCACUGCACAGAGACCAACCGACAAUCGCUCAGAUAAUUAAUCAACCUCAAUCUAAACUGCCAUGUUAUAACACCUAUGCAAAGUUCACUGACAAGACACGAUCAACUUCACCGAAAAGACGAAGUCCGCGGUUCUGAGAAAAGUCAAAAGGUCUGUUGUUUGGUUGUGUAUUAUAAUGAUUGAAAGAUAAGAGUAGCUGGGAAGCAACACGAGACUCUGUGAUGACAGGCAAAUGAAGGAGAAUGUUAUCUCGAUUUUUUAUGUAGAAUGAAGAUGGGGCUGAAUGGUGUCCCCCCAACUCUGGCUGUGAUAUAUGAAGCUAACUUUCUAGCUUUGGUAUGUGUAAUACGGUACUAUGAGAUGGUGCGGCAUCAAAGUUUUUGUGUUGAGUUGAUUAUUCAGUGUCCGAAUAGUUGAAGUUAAAUCCUUUGAUAAAUUACAUAGUUUCAGAGUCAUUCGAGUUUGUUCAAAUAGAAAAUUCCAAUAAUUACAUGCAGAUUCUUUAGAUUCACUGAUUUGAAAAUGACUAAUUACCAGAACUAAACUCUGCUUAAGAAUUACCCUCUUAAUAUAUCCUACAUAUUUUGUGUUACAUUCAUACUAGUUGGGUCCUCUGUAUUUUACAGAUCGACCCCCAAUAGAGUGGUAAUAAUCACUCCUUUGUAUCAGAGUUUGAUUGGUUUAGGCACGAAUCAUGCUUUUGACUUCUUAUACAUACAUGGUAUGAUUGAUGUACCAAUUUUGAUUUCUUGUUUUGAAACUAUAGGGUGAAUGAUGGAAUGUAAUUAAUCCCUGAUUUUUGUAUCUGCUUAUAAAUAGGAAAAUUCUUGGUUCUUAUUAUGACCAACAUCUAUUUUGUUACUUCGAUUACUACUGUGCGACUGCUUUUUCAAGCUUAUUCUUUUGUUUUUAAAUUCUAGGACGAGGUCGCGAUUCCAAACGUUCAAAUAAAUAAAAAAUCACCUCGAAUACCGCCUUUU